CUCUCUCUCUCUCUCUCUCUCUCUGUGCUCAUGCUACAUCAGUCCCGCGCAGGCGCAGUAGCUCCUCUGUGGCGCUCUACUGUUUGCAUUGUGUCUGAACUGCCGGCGAGCUUUAAAAAAAAAAAAAAUAUUAUACCCACCGCGGCAAUGUCGGGCAGGUCGGUCCGAGCUGAGACCCGGAGCAGGGCGAAAGAUGACAUCAAGAGGGUUAUGGCCGCUAUUGAGAAAGUACGAAAAUGGGAGAAGAAAUGGGUGACCGUCGGAGACACGUCCCUUCGCAUCUACAAGUGGGUGCCGGUGACGGAGCCCAAAUCAGAUGACAAGAACAAGAGUAAGAAGAAGGGAAAAGAUGAGAAGUACGGCUCAGAGUUGACGACUCCAGAGAACAGCUCCUCUCCGGGGAUGAUGGACAUGCACGAUGACAACAGCAACCAGAGCUCCAUCGCCGACUCGUCUCCAGUGAAACAGGAAAACAGUUGUAGCACCAGCCCCACCCCAGAGCCCGCCAACGCGUCCCACCGCGAGAACAGCGAGGCCAAGUCUGACCAGAGUCCGGACAGCAAGCGGGGUAAGACCACCCCUUCAUCAGAGACCUCAGAGAGAGCACAAAGUGCCAAGAGAGACAGUCUGUCCUCAGGGGAGAAGGACUCCUCGGACAGUAAAGCCACUCAGGACCUAGAGGAGGAGGCCCCGCCCAGCAAGAAAAGCAAACAGGAGUCCUCACCUCAGGACUUUGAGGAGAGUUAAAUGUUUGGGGCUGAGUCAUUUCUCUCCUUCACCCUCCUCCUCCUCCCCCCUCCCUCCCUCUGCACCUCCCUCCAUUAUCUCUAGAUAAUUUAGGGCUAAUGGACACACCAGCUCUCCUCCCACUCCUCUUACUCCCCCCCCCCCCACCACCACCUCACCUUCCUCUACCCAAACUAUACCAAAGGGAGAAUGGACGUCUCUCUUCCUCCCUCCCCUCUCCUCCUCUCUCCUCGCCUCCCCCUCCAGUUUACCACCUUUGCCCUAACACUCCUCUGCCACAGAGGGAGAAUGGAUAUUACCUCUAUUCACCGGUCCCCUCCCUCCUCCUCCUCCUCCCCCCUCCUCCUCCUCCUCCUCCGUGCUUCCUUCCAGUUCUCCACACUUUUUUCCACUAAUGCCAAGAGAAGCUCCGAAAAAACCCGGUCCGCAAUCCUCUCCGCGACCAGAGGGGGGGGGGCGGCGGCGCUGUCAGCCGAGCCCAGCCACCCGCCAGGCCAGACCACAAACACUGACCUGCAUCUGUGACUUAAAGAGUUAACACUGGGGAUCCGAGAUUAGGACGAGGUUGAUAUCCCGGACGCUGCUCUGAGACCGUUUUUAAAAACGUUUUACUGCUCACGGUUUAGCUCAGGAUACUUCAAGAGGCUAACCUGGUCUCAGAUCAGCGGCUGCCGGGGGGGAACCUCCACCCUAAGACCACACGUCACUUCAAAAAUCCUCCCGAUUCUUCGCCUCCUGUUAGACUAAUGUUCUAUAUUUGUUUAGGAAAUGUUUAGGGUUUUUUUCUCAGGAGGGUCAAUGCACUGUUAUGGUAUGUCACAAUCGAUCACAGAUAGAUUUGCUGCUGUAGUGGAAGUCUUUUUUCUCUAUCCAUGAAAAGUUCUCCAUUCACAUGUUUGUUUGUUUGUUUGUUUGUUUGUUUUUUAAAAGGUGAGUUAGUUUGUGGUGCGUAGUAGAAGACGACGAAGAAGACGACGGUACUGGUCAAGAUGAACUCUUUACAGGAUAAGUAGUGAAGACAGGCGUAGGUAGCGUAGGUCCCGAAGGUGUGCCUUGAGUUGCUACGAUUUAAAUGCACGUUUUUUUUUAGGUCAAGCUGGUUUUGAAUUACAAUUUUGGUGCCAUGUUUUUUUGUUUUUGUUGGGUUUUUUUGCCUUAUAAUCGUCACUAAUUAGCAUUAUCCAAUAUUUACAACUACAACAGUUAGUUUUUCUUUUUUUCUUUGAAGGAAUAGUUCCAACAUUUUGGGGAAGAGUUCGACGAGAGGGUCGAUAGCGCUCUUAAAAAAACACCUACCACUACCUUUUAAAGCUCUCUAACUAAAUGAUAUCUGUUCUGUUCCUCCAGGACGAGAAAUAGUCGGGCACAUAAUUCCUCAUUAAACUGCUGGUUUUUGUUUUUUAGACUUCAGUUUUUCUACAGAUUAAAUAAAUGUGAUACAACAUGUUAAUCAGUGAGCUUUAGAGGUGGAUUUAACUCCAUUAUUAACAUGUUUUAUAUUUUAUUUGUAUAAAAGACAAAGUCUAAAGAUGAGAAAUUGUGGUUUUACGUGUGCCGGACUGUUUAUGGGUUAAACAGAUGAGAUAUAAUAUGUUAAUUGAGCUUUUAAAGGUCGUUUUUAAAGGCUUUUUUUUUUUUUUUUUUUUUUAGCUGUAGCGUCACAUUAAUACCAACCCUCUCAUCCAACUCUCAGGAACAAAGUGAUUCUCAAACUGUGGAACUGUUCCUUUAACAACCGUUGGAGACUGGAAUUUAAACACUACCCACUUUAGUUUUUAAUCUUCUGGAAAACUUUAACAUCUGCAAACCUCAUAAAUCAGACUUCCCGCUCGCUGGUCCGCGUCUCCUUCAAGGUGGCACCUUUUUUUUUUUUUUUUGUUUGUUGUUUCCCAGCCUCGAGAAGCAGAAACGGACCAUUCGCAGCUGGCGGUGGGGGGGAGGAGGGGGGAGGAGGAGGGGCUGCUUUUUUUCCCGCCUCGUCCGCCAAUCACGACUCGUAUUCAAUCUCUGUUCUGUGUAUCACUACUUACCUACGACCUCCACGUGUUUCUGUAGCUCCAGACAGAAUGGGUCCAGUCUUUUUAGCUCAAACAUUGGUUCUAAUCCUCCUUCAAGGUGCUGUCUGUCGGCUGAAUCCAUACACGCGUGGCAUCGAGAUCUCGGUUUUUGUGCAUAUUUUGUGCAAUUUACUUGAACUUUAAUAGUACGGAUUCAGACCUAUGACCUCUAAUGUACAAACCUCACACAUGCAAGGUUUAGUUUCAUUAAUCGAUAUUGACUCGUGAAUAUGGAUUGGAAUCGAUUGACUCACAAAAAACCAAUGACUUCAUAACACAACAGGGGCUGUAGAAAUACUUUUACGACGCGAUUACUUGAUCCGAUUUCAGAAUCAGCAUUCACAUGGAUGGAGAGAAAAGAAAUAAAUAAAAAAAAAAAGACAAUUGUCUCAGUUUAGAGGAUGGAUUAGCAUAUACCUCAUUCCCAGUCCAGCAGCGCUGGAACUUAAAAUGCUAUUGUAUUGACAUUAACAGUUAUAAACAGCAUUAUGUACACUCAGUUUAAAACAGAUCUCACUUAUGUUGUAGCUUUCACCUGAUUGAGCCGAUUGCUUAUAGUUUGCUCAUAACUGUGUUUUUAAAAACAAAAAAAAAGAGCUGUGAGAUAUAAAAUCUUGUAUGUUUUUCCUUUUUUUUUUUUUUUUUUUUUCUUGGGACCAUUUUGUUUCACUUUAGAUCUUGUACAGAUUUAUUGGUUUGGUUUGACUUAUUUAUUCCAUCAGUAGUGCUUGGUUUUUAUCAUGUCCAAUGGUUUUGUUUUCUUAAUAAAAUUCACAAAACUUA